GAGAGUUUUAUAGAAUCUUGAAUCUUGAAACGAUGAACACAUCAACGGCUAUAAAGUUUAUAACUGCUCUGGCACUCUGCUCCUUAGCUCUCUCCGCCGAUGCCCUGCAGAUUGAGCCCCGAAGCAGUUGGGGAGCUGUUCCUGCCCGUUCGCCUUCGAGGAUUUCUGGUGCCGUUGACUAUGUAAUCAUCCAUCACUCCGACAAUCCCAACGGUUGCUCCACCUCCGAUCAGUGCAAGCGGAUGAUCAAAAAUAUACAGACUGACCACAAAGGUCGCCGAAAUUUCAGCGAUAUCGGCUACAACUUUAUUGUGGCCGGAGAUGGAAAGGUAUACGAGGGUCGUGGUUUUGGACUCCAGGGUUCACAUGCCCCCAACUAUAACCGCAAGAGCAUUGGUAUUGUCUUUAUUGGCAAUUUCGAGCGCAAUGCACCAUCUGCCCAGAUGCUCCAAAACGCCAAAGAUCUGAUCGAAUUGGCAAAACAGCGUGGACACCUCAAGGAUAACUACACGCUGUUCGGUCACCGUCAAACCAAGGCCACCUCCUGCCCAGGCGAUGCCCUCUUCAACGAGAUCAAGACAUGGCCCCACUGGAGGCAAAACUAAGUGUACUUUACCUAAGAGGAUGCAUUACACUUCCUAGAAUUUUUAUUAAAAUAAAUAGUAAUAUUAUUAGUUGAAACAA